AUGGCGGGAGAGACAGUCAAGACACUUACUGACGUGGGAAAUCUCGUCUCCCAAUACCGUUCUCGAGCGUCUUCUAUCAGAUUCAUCACAGAAGACGACAUGAACUUCUUCAAGAGCAAAAUACGGGAGGCUCGAUGCUUAGAAAAAAGACUGCUUGCAUACACGCCUGCCGACACGUCCAAGAUCCAGGAUACAGGAGAUCCAAGAACAACGCUAGCUCACUUGGCCAAGAUCGACGAAGCAUACCGAUGUGUUGGUCUGCUCCAAAUAUACCGUGUAUUUUCUGACCUUCUCGCUGAACGAUAUAACCCGUGGGACGCAAAUCACAUUUACUCAGCCAGGCCGCCGGCCAAGGUCCCUACCAAAGCCGAGAAAGACUACUGGCUAACAAGCCUAGCGUUAUAUACGCUCGAGCUUCUUCGAGAUAUACCAUUUGAAUCGACAAGCCGGUGCAUCCAGCCACUGAUUCUUGUGGCUAUCCCAGCGAACUUCGUCGCAUGCCACAGGAUGUCACAUCGCUAG